UUCUCGCUAGGAAUGUCUAGGUCUUUCAGUGCAACUUCUAGUUAAAGUUGACCAUAGAGUUGCACUUGAGGACAUAGAGAUUCCUAGAGAGAACAUAUGAAUCAAAUUCGUGAAUGAUCAAAGCCGCAAACAUAGAGGAUUGAGUGUAUAUAUCCUUUGAAAGACAUCAGACUGUAGAAGGCAAUCUGAUUAGGAAAGUCUCCUCUUGUCAGAUUCAAUCCGAGGGAGGGGGAAGGUGGGUCUGUCAAGGGACAAAGGUCUUCUGUGGAUUAAGAAGCCAAAAAAAUAACAGAAGAUUCUGGGGUGGGUACAACUGUGCCCCGGAUCCAAAUUCCUUUUGCUCCAGUCAUGGAUGCCUUUCUAUGAUGGCUAAGAGAAGCCUCACCUGGGCAGGGCCAGGUUGUUACUUACUACCUGCGGAACCUGUUUUCUGGGUAUUUUUUGCUCUCCUUGGAAUAUAUAUAUAUAUAUAUAUAUAUAUAUUGGUGGUGUGGAGAGAAAAGAUCUUUACUCGCAAUGGUUUCCUAACUCAGUGACCUGAACAUCAAGAUUUUUGCAGUUUUAAGAGUGAAGGGAGAAUUCCGACUGGCGCAUGCCAAGUUUCACCUGCAAGGAAGCCCUGUUAAAACAGAAAAGUCCAUGGUUCAAUGAACAUCUGCCCCGGAGCCUUGCAGCCAUGGCAGUGCCAAGGCAGCAGCAGCAGCAAACGCAGCCUCCGAAGGUCCCUUUUUCCUCCUCUGGGAUCAACUGGCAGAAACUCUUUGAGGCCGAAUGGAGGCUGGGACAGAGAGGGGUCCCGCUCCCCAAGAAGCCCGACUGGGAGACCCUCUAUGCCCUGAAACCCUUCGAGAGGAACUUCUUGCAGAAUCCCAACCCUGAAGGAGUGAAUGUUUCUGAACCAGCUCCACCGUGCCAGAAACAGCCAUCCUGCAAGACUCCAGACUCCACAGACAUUUUCAAAGGCUGGCAAGUGAGCACCGAACCCCUUCCUUCAGACCAGGAGGAAAAUCAUUUCAGGUUCGGUUCGUCCCGGUACAGCUGGUGCAUCAAGCAACAACUCAUUGAUCUGCUGGAUGAAGGCCUUUGGGAGGAAUUGCUGGAUCUGUACCAACCAAACAUCACCGUCAUGGACUGGUAUGAGAACAGCAAACUGGCCCGCUCCGUCUAUGAGCUUCAUGUCCGGCUCCUGGGAAGCGAUGGGACCACGGCGGUCAGAGAAUUUCACCAUGUGGCCCGCGAAAAAGAGCAAGACGGGGAGAAAAAGGACUGGCACCAUGUUUCUCACAUCUUCGAAGACUAUGGCACUGGUGUGCGCUAUGUCCAUUUUCUGCACAAGACCAAGGAUGUGGAGACGGCGGCUGGGCUCCUCCGAACCCGAGCGACAGACAGCAGUGUCUCCGCACAGCUGAGGGACUAAGAAAGGUGCCUGGUUUGUGUAUGUGUGUGAGUUUAUAGUACACUCACAUUAGGACCCAAAGGUGCCCUGGCCACCUUAAAACCCACAGGCCUUGGAAGAAGAAGACAAGCAACCCUUAAACAAGAAUGCCUUGGUCCUUGGAUUAAAAGUUGACCCAAA